AUGCCUGAUCGAACCCUCCCCGACAUCCUCAUGCCGGGUAACGGCGGCUCUGCCAGCCCUCGUCCUUGGGGAACUGGCGCCGGAACCAAUUCUCAAACACAAUCUCCCAUCUCCCCAAUAGACGGUCAACAGCCAUUCGAUCGAGUCCCCGCCUCCGGUGUCGCAUCUCCCGCACCUGUCUAUCAGCCAGACAACCGCGUUCAAAGACGCCAAGACCCUCCUCGCGAGCCUUGGGAACAAGACCAGGCCGAACCGCCACGCGACUCCUCAGCCCCAAGAGACAGGACUCGCCCUCACACCAAAAGCACCAAAUCCCCCUCGAAUCGCACUUGUAGGAAGUGCGGAGAACCGCUUACAGGGCAGUUUGUGCGCGCACUUGGUGGUACCUUCCAUCUAGAAUGUUUCAAAUGCAAUGACUGUGGAGAUAUCGUGGCUUCUAAAUUCUUUCCCGUUGACUCAGACGACGGUACUGGCCAGUACCCUCUGUGUGAGACAGACUAUUUCCGACGAUUGAAUCUCCUCUGCUACGACUGUGGCGGUGCGCUUCGAGGAUCCUACAUCACUGCGUUAGACCGAAAAUAUCAUAUUGAGCAUUUCACUUGUUCUGUUUGCCCAACCGUGUUUGGUGCACAAGACUCUUACUACGAACACGAGGGCGACGUUUACUGCCACUACCACUACUCCACUCGCUUUGCUCAGCGAUGUAAUGGCUGCCACACUGCUAUCCUAAAGCAGUUUGUCGAAAUCUUCCGCAAUGGUCAAAAUCAACACUGGCACCCGGAGUGCUAUAUGAUUCACAAAUUCUGGAAUGUUAGGCUCGCUCCUGCAGGCCAACAGCUUGAGAAGCCAGAAAUUGAAGAGGAAGCAACUGAUGCAGAGCGUGAAAAAGUACGACAGGAAGAGGAAAUGAUGGAAGAAAAGGUCUACAAGAUUUGGAGUAUUCUAUCGACAUUUGAAGAGUCGUCAGCUGCUUGUAUCUCCGAGAUGCUCUUGCAUGUCAGUAACGGCGCUUAUGUGGACGGCGUUCUAGUCGCAAGAAGCUUCAUUGCACAUGUCGAAAUUCUUUUCGCUGCAAUCGAUAUGCUGGCUACGAUGUUGAGAGAGCAGGGAAUGAAAGAUUUGUCAUAUGGACGUGAGGCAAAACUCCUCUGCAAGAAAAUUGUUGCAUUCUUCUCGCUUUUAUCGAAAACCCAAGAAACCGGCGUGAGAAAGCUAGGCGUCACCCAAGAGUUGUUAUCGCUUGUGACAGGUCUGGCUCAUUACCUCAAACUCUUGAUUCGUAUAGGCCUACAGGGUUCUUUAAAGCUUGAGCGGGCAAAAAAUACACCAGAUGGUCUUUUCGCUUUCCUCGAUCACCUCGAACUUCAUCUUCAGGAACUUAAGGCAUCUGAGGAACACCAGUCCACUGAUCUCAUGUCCGGAGUUAACCAUCUGGCAGAUCAAUUCUCUGAUUGUUGUACCGCAUGUAAGGAACCCAUUGAUGAUGCAUGUAUCCUCUAUGGCGAGAGACGAUGGCACAUCAAACCUCCACAUCUUUCCUGUUCUUCGUGUCAAAAAGACCUGACUGUGGAAAUACAUGAUGCAAUGUGGAGUGCAAAAGAGGAUCGCCCAUUUUGUAGACCCUGUGCCUUGCAGAAAGGUCGGGCGCCAGAUGCUCAAGGUGGCUUUACAAAUGUUACGAAGCUUGUGCAGUACGUCUUUCUUCUGAAGGUCGCACUUGCAAGGCUCCUUUCGGUAUUGCGGUCUAGUGGUACCCUUCCCCACAGCACCGAUGACCCUAAUCUGAAUGCUUAUGCGGCCAACGAGGGUCAUCGUGUUGAUCCGAAUGGAGAAACCUCGGGACCUGGACCUAGAGCCGCAAAUUCGCGCUCGUACUCUUUUACCGGCUCAGUCAAGAACGAAGAAUCUUCACUUGAACAAACUGUCGGUGAAAUGCGCAGGUUGCGUUCUAUUCGUAACGAACGAACCUUGUCAACUACUUACAAGAAAGCUCGUGCGUCAAGAAUCAUCGAUGGCCCAGAAGGAAGAAGCGCUCGUCCCGGGUCUUCUAGUGGCGAGGGUCCCGAUCAGAGAAAUGCAGGCUUCCAGAUCAUAGAAGAGAGGGAUGUCAAUGGGGACACUGUGAACGAGCUUCAUUUCGGUCAUCAAGAUGCAUUGACACUGGAUGAUAUUCCUAGAAUUGUGGCUGCUGAACAAGCAAAGGAGCAACGGCCUAAUGCUUCUAAGUACGCAGGAAGUAGUCUCAUCGGUACUGGAGAUCCGCAGGCCAAAUUCGUCUCAGGCCACAGGCGGGAUGUAUCGGGACCGUUGGAUAAUCUCCCUGCCGAUAUUACUGGCAGCAAGACCAAGAAAUACUUCUCUGAGCUAUCUGCGCUGGAAUACUUUAUUGUCAGACAUGUUGCGGUUCUCUCUAUGGAGCCUUUGCUAGAAGGUCACUUCAACUUAGAAGAACUGCUUUCUUUAAUUGAAUCACGCAAGCCUACGAUAUGGAAUAUUUUUGGGCGUGCGUUCAACAAGGAAGGGAAGAAAGUGGGCAAGAAGAAAGGCGUUUUUGGUGUUAGCCUUGACUAUCUUGUCGAGAAAGAAGGCGCUGAGUCGACACAUGGUGUUGGCCCUGGAGCGCUCCGUAUUCCUGCUCUCAUUGACGAUGCAGUGUCGGCAAUGCGUCAGAUGGAUAUGUCUGUUGAGGGUGUAUUCCGGAAGAACGGCAACAUUCGUCGCUUGAAAGAAGUUGCAGACCUCAUCGACAACAAGUACGAUCAAGUCGACAUGAGUAGGGAGAGUCCAGUACAAAUCGCUGCGCUCCUCAAAAAGUUCCUUCGAGAAAUGCCCGACCCACUAAUGACUUUCAAGCUUCACCGGCUUUUCCUCAUUUCACAGCAAAUCUCCGAUCCUGAGAAGCAGAAGCGUGUCCUGCAUCUGACUUGUUGUCUAUUACCUAAAGCUCACCGCGAUACCAUGGAGGUCCUCUUUACUUUCCUCAACUGGACCGCCUCAUUUUCACAUGUGGACGAGGAGUCCGGCAGUAAAAUGGACAUACACAACCUUGCUACAGUAAUGACUCCGAAUAUCCUCUAUCCCAACUCAAAGAACGCUAGCAUGGAUGAAAGUUUUUUGGCUAUAGAAGCAGUGGCGUCUUUGAUCACAUACAAUGAUGUCAUGUGCGAGGUUCCCGAUGAUCUCCAAUCGAUACUCAAUGAUACAAGCUUCUUCAAGGACAGCGCAGAUAUUACCACAAAGGAAAUUCUCAAGCGGUAUGGCGACUUUGGAAAAGGCACUGUUGCCCAACGCGUCACACCAGGUAUCACGCCAGGCGUCGAACCAGUCGGCACGGGCUUGACUCGCACCAAUACUACCCCUGUGACUGCACGCAUCGAAACAGAUCCAUCGCAGGCAGCAGCGUGGCAAAUGCAAAGCUCGGUGCGUCAUGUCCAAGCACCUGGAGGGCCAGCAUAUGCUGCAAUGCCAACCAACCAGCCAGGAGGGGAGUAUGGUCCACCGGAACAAACUCGUGACCGCAGUGCGAGUGCAAGUAGCCAGCAGCAGGCUCCGGCCGUGGGUCGACCUCAGCCGGACUCACAACAGCUUCCAUAUCGCUCUCACCCUGGUGCCGGCCCUAUGGGAGUUGCUGGCUGA